UAAUUAACUAUAGCCAUUAUAACAACUCAUAAAAGCAGUGUGGAUUCCUGCAAUUUCUUAACCAUGUAAAGAAAAGCAAAGACCAAUGACACAUUCACCACCUUUCACUAAAAAGUGCAGCAACCACACACACCUGCAUUAAUUUUCCUCCAUCUUAAAUUUCAUUAUAUUCUUUGGUUAAUGUAACUUUCACUUCACUUCAACUUUCCAUUGACAAAGAAGGAAGAGAAGUGUGAAUUUUUGUGGAGAAAAAUGGGAGUUGUAACUCUUGGUGAAUUGAAGCCUAGUGUUUCAGGGAAAAGGACUUUUCGUCCAAGUUCAAGCAUAAGACAUGCCACUGAAUGGCCAAUAUCUGAUGUCUCUAGUGAUCUUACCAUCCAAGUAGUAGCAUCAACCUUUGCACUUCACAAGUUUCCUCUUAUAUCUAGGAGUGGAAGAUUUAGAAAGCUGCUGUUAGAAUCAAAAGUUUCACGCAUAAGUCUUCCAAAUGUGCCAGGUGGUGUAGAGGCAUUUGAAUUAGCUGCAAAAUUCUGCUAUGGAAUCAACAUUGAUUUCACUCUCUCAAAUGUUGCUAUGCUACAUUGCACAUCUCAUUUUCUUGAAAUGACAGAAGAAUUCUCAGAGAAGAAUUUGUUGACAAGAGCUGAAUCAUAUCUAAAGGAAACAGUACUCCCCAACACAUCAAACACUAUACAUGUUCUUCACCAUUGUGAGAAUCUUUUACCUUUAUCAGAAGAAAUAAACCUUGUUAAUAAGCUUAUCAAUGCGAUUGCGAAUAAUGCAUGCAAAGAGCAACUUACUUCUGGUUUGUUAAAACUUGACCACACUUUUCCUUCUCAAAAAAACACAUCAAUAGUAAUGGAACAAGAAACACCUUUAGAUUGGUGGGGGAACUCAUUCAAUGUUCUCAGUCUCGAUUUCUUCGAACGAGUUAUAUCGGUUAUGAAAUCAAAGGGAUUGAAACAAGACUUAAUCAGCAAAAUUUUGGUGAACUAUGCACAUAAUUCUCUUCAAGGGACUAAUGUUAGGGACCCUCUUGACAUAGAAUUGCAAAAGAAUCAAAGGGUCAUUGUUGAAACCAUAGUUGGUUUACUUCCAAAUCAAUCAAGGAAAAGUCCAAUUCCAAUGGCAUUUCUUUCAUGUUUAUUGAAAACUUCAAUAGCAACAUCAGCAUCAAAUUCUUGUAAAGGUGAUUUGGAAAAGCGAAUCGGUCUACAACUUGAUCAGGCAAUUCUCGAAGACAUUCUCAUUCCAACAAAUUCAUCAACUUCAAAUACUCAUCACAACACAAUGUAUGAUACAGAUUCAGUUUUGAGGAUUUUUUCUACUUUUCUAAACUUGGAAGAUGUGGAUGAUGAUGAAGAUAGUGAUUUUAGAGAUGAAAACCAAAUGAUGUAUGAGUAUGAAUUUGACAGUCCUGGAUCUCCAAAACAAAGCUCAAUUCUGAAAGUUUCCAAAUUACUUGACAAUUAUCUUGCUGAAGUUGCACUAGACUCAAACCUUUUGCCAUCAAAAUUCAUAGCACUUGCUGAACUAUUACCGGACCAUGCACGCAUUUCAAGUGAUGGACUCUAUAGAGCUGUUGAUAUCUUCCUUAAGGUUCAUCCUCACAUUAAGGACUCAGAGCGAUACCGUCUAAGCAAAACCAUCGACUGUCAGAAACUAUCUCAAGAAGCAUGUAGCCAUGCAGCACAAAAUGAAAGACUACCAGUUCAAAUAGGAGUACAGGUUCUUUUCUAUGAACAAACAAGGCUUCGCAACGCGAUGAACGGAGGACACAAUCAAACAAUCUUCUUCGGUGGAAUUCACGGUCAAUUCCCUCAAAGAUCAGGAAGUGGUAUAGGAAGUGGAGCAAUUUCUCCUAGAGAUAACUAUGCAUCAGUAAGAAGAGAGAACAGAGAGCUGAAACUUGAAGUUGCAAGAAUGAGAAUGAGAUUGAAUGAUUUGGAGAAAGAUCACGUUUCUAUGAAACAGGAGCUUGUGAAGCCUCAUAUUGCUAACAAAAUCUUCAAAUCAUUCACCAAAAAAUUAAGUAAACUUAAUGCUCUAUUUCGUAUUAACAGUGUUCGUGGCAGUGGUACUGGUACUGGUACUGGUGAAAGAUCUACUUCAUCACAAAUUCGGUUUCCUUUUCAUAAGCGAAGGUGUCACUCAGUUUCAUGACUAUAUAUUAAAAUGUAUAAUGUUUGUCACAAUGUAUUAAUAUGCAUUAAUAUAAUGCAUUACAAGAAUGUAACACUUUUCAAUAUUUUUAGUUA